AUGGCUUACUUUCAGCGGGGGCAAGGAGCGCAACCGAUUUGGGGGGUCAAUGACACGGACAACCUCAGGCGUUCUCGCAUAAAAUCGCAGGAACAUAUCAAUCAAUCAGAUCCCCAUGCCCCACGCAAAUCCACAGACAGACGAAAUUCCACUACAGAACACUCUGCACUUUCGCUCUCUGCUUCAGGAACCAUUUGUAGGGGAACGGCAAAGUGGCAGCAAUUAGAUUACUUAGACUUUCACGCCCCGCGCAAAUCCACAGAUAGACGAAAUUCUACUACCGAGCGCCCUCUACUUUCGCGCUCCGCUUCAAGAUCAAUUCACAAUGAAACGGCAAAGUCCGAGCUCUCAAAUUUGGGACACAGCGCCAACGGCUCGUCCAAGCAGCCGAGUGUACGCCAACCCCGUCGUAUUUGGCUUGAGUUGCCUGCAUGGAAGUUAGAGUUUGAAUCUCUGACACCGAUUCAGCAACAAGUUAUGGAGUACGUAGCAUCAACCAGCGAAACUCAAAGUGCUGCUGCGAAGAUUCGACUUAAGAAGGCUUGGGGGCUCUUUAAUAUUCCAGAGGAAGACUUUUCAGCUAUAGAGCUGUACCUUGCAAAAAAGGUGCCUCUGACAAUUAGGAUCGACAUCCAAGGACUGCUGCCUCACCUGAUGAAUGAUCCGUUCUACAGUUGGACGCUUCCUUCUGCCCACAGAACAUGCUUUGAGACACAAGCAAAAGGCUCCGCAUACUUGGAUGCUCGGCGGGAAUUCGAAGCGGUUCUUUUCAACAGCCUGUACGAGCACCCUUCAGUUCAACCGAAGGACAGGCCCAAGUACGGUGUUCUGAACAUGGUGUGCCAUCCCUUCUCGGAUUCCCGAGUUUCUAUGUUCGGCAGCGCCUACCUCCUCCUUAAAGAUUCACUGCGCGCUCGAACGACUGUGGCUACUAGUAAAGAGAACCUCGGUUUCAACAUUCGUCGUGUUGGCACACUCGACAAUAUGUGGCACAUUAUUGAGACUCUAUCCACUCAUGAAGUGACAAGGAUUCACGCUGUAGCGACAGGCAGAAGAGCAAAAGCAACUGUAACCCCGGAUUUCAAGUAUUCUGAGAUACAAGUACACGGCAUGAUUGACAUAAGAAAAGAUGUUGCUGCCAUUGUCGUCCAACGACAGGAUUUGCAGUGCACGAUGAGGAGAUGCUUGAUAGAAGACCUCAGCAAAUUGUAUCUCGUGCCUGUGUUGACUUGUGAAGAGCUAGAUGAGGGUCUGGGUGACCGUAGGUGGUCCACAGUAGUAAAUCAGAGAGCAAAUGUGCUUCUGCAAAAGACUAUGGCCAUGCAAGGCGCCACUUUCAGCAGCGCUUCUGUGUGCGUCUUGGGGGGAAACAUUGUGACUCUUUUGACAUUGUUGGCUAUUCAAGAGUCUUCGAAUUCACCAUUUCAUUGUUACAAGCUGCACAGUGGCAACGACACAUGUACCGGCUCGGGAAUUCAACGUUUCCUCAUGAUGGAACAGCCAACAAGAAAGCGUCUUGUGGGGUCAAGAAAAUAUUCUCUCCCAGGAACACGACCCCUUACCUUCGAGGAAUAUGAAUGUCUUGCUACCACGCACCCAUAUGCCAUCAAACAGCUCCAGAGAAGGAGAGCAACUGCAACAUCGUGCGUGACUGCAAGAACAUGUGAAGAAGGCUUCUACACACGAUCGCGGUUGGACAAACACUCGAAUGUAAGGUCGAGGAAAGAGGUAACCAAUUUUUUUUCGGAAACAGGGGGACUUCCGGAUGCCGUCUCCGUGCUGCAAGGGAAAACUGAGCUUGACUACAGUUUUGCACUCAGUGAAGACCAAGCUAAAGACUUCGGAAAAGUUCACUCACGAAAGGAUCGCCUCCUGUGUGCUACACAGUCAUGCGUGAACCCUCAGUACGAUGUCGAAGAUCAUCAGCUACGCAGCGUAAGCAGGUUUAUGGUUCGCUCAAGAGGAGAAAGAAGACUGGUUCCAGAAGGGGCACCCUCGAAAUUCCCAGAUUUACGAAGUACGAAACAUAUACGCGACGAAGCAGGCUGCCUUCAAGACAAUAGGCAAGAAAGUGGAAGCACAACUCAUGUGAGUGUUCAAAAAGCUGCCACAGCAGCAGGGACUUCUCAAGUGGACGGCUUUAGGCACUCGUCUCAAGUAUCGCUUGAUUUCUCGACAAGCAAUGAAUACCAUCAAAAUAGAGUUUUCUCGAAGGAUCGCCUGCCCGAACUUUGCAACGUAGCAGAGCCAUGUCUCGUGGACCCCCUAGCUGAAGAAUCGGAGCGUGCUAUUGUUCAGUCGCUAGGGUCAGGUACAGGCACGCCGAAGAAGAGUGAUGACUAUCCCUCCGAAGAAUCACCAAGUCUCCAGGAAUUUGAAGAACACAACAUAACACGUCAAAUUUUGCGAAGUGCACUGGACAAACGGGAUGAAGAAAGAAGCAUAAGCAUCAUUGAAAAGGAGUUUUCAAAGUGCAGCGAAUCGAACGCUAGUGAAGGCAUGCAAAGCACAAAACCACAGCUCGCUGGACAAAAUGCAUUACAUUCAUUCUCUGAUGUGAAUGGCACAGAAGAACACGAAGUCUUCACUUCGCACGCACGAAGCUGCUUGCCACAGCUUUCAAAAGCACAGAAUGUUAUUGGCUUGAGAGACAGAGACAUUUGUAGCGCUAUUUGGAUGAACGACACGACUUUUGCACAUAGGUCUAGCAAUUACUUUCGCAGCAGCACCACAAACACUAGGCACAGAGAACUGAAUAGUAUGAUGACAAGCAAAGGAAGCACCCAAGGCAAAACUGAGGGAGACCUCCGGCAACGUGACGCGACGAAGCAGCAAGGCGAUAUGGAAGUUUUCCACGGCAGUACAAGUCACCGUAGUUUGCGUCACGGAGGGCGGGAAAGCAGCAAGAGUUCUGAGCGCAACGCGCGUGUGGCUGCAGCCGCUGCUGAGCAGAGUGGCGGGCAUGGGAGGGAUGACGGGCGUCAUUCCGGAUCAGUGGCACGCCGGAGUUCAGAGCGAAACCGCGUUCCUCCUCAGCUCGUCAUUCCAGGAGACGGAGGCAGUAUGCGCAGCAGUGGAAGUGGAUCUGUGCGCAAGACUCAAGACUCAGGAAGCGGAGAAGGUGGCUUGACAAUGACUAGGUCUCUGGAAAGGAGAUAUGAGAGAGACGAACGCGGCGCAAGCAGGACGUCUUCGCAGUUUGCGGAGAGUGUCGAAGGGUUGUCACGGAGGCGACGGGGGUCUGCGGACGGGUCGUCUGAAUGGGCUGUUGACGAACAUGCGAACAGCGUGUCUGGAGACGGUAGGGACCUACAGGUGUCUCGGAGUGGUGGCUCGCGAGGCGACCGAGCGGAGGGUUUCAGUGGGAGUGUGAGUUUGGUGGGCGGAAAGGUGUCUGGAGCAUCGAAGGAGGUCGUGCCAGGCAGCGAUGCAGGAGAGAGGGGAGUGCGACGCACAGGAUCAGCAGCGUCGGGAGCAUUGGGGGCAUCGGGAGGAGCGGAGCGCGGGAAGGUAACGAGGGAUCGAGCCGCCGUAGAUGGAUCGGCAGGACUUGGCGACAACGGCGAGGCGAGUGGAGGUUCGGAGCAUGUGAGAAGAUUUUCACUCAGCAAAGUUGAGAGCGACCUCCGGCAACGUGGGCAACGUGACGCGACGAAGCAGCAAGGCGAUAUGGAAGUUUUCCACGGCAGUACAAGUCACCGUAGUGUGCGUCACGGAGGGCGGGAAAGCAGCAAGAGUUCUGAGAGCAACGCGCGUGUGGCUGCAGCCGCUGCUGAGCAGAGUGGCGGGCAUGGGAGGGAUGACGGGCGUCAUUCCGGAUCAGUGGCACGCCGGAGUUCAGAGCGAAACCGCGUUCCUCCUCAGCCCGUCAUUCCAGGAGACGGAGGCAGUAUGCGCAGCAGUGGAAGUGGAUCUGUGCGCAAGACUCAAGACUCAGGAAGCGGAGAAGGUGGCUUGACAAUGACUAGGUCUCUGGAAAGGAGAUAUGAGAGAGACGAACGCGGCGCAAGCAGGACGUCUUCGCAGUUUGCGGAGAGUGUCGAAGGGUUGUCACGGAGGCGACGGGGGUCUGCGGACGGGUCGUCUGAAUGGGCUGUUGACGAACAUGCGAACAGCGUGUCUGGAGACGGUAGGGACCUACAGGUGUCUCGGAGUGGUGGCUCGCGAGGCGACCGAGCGGAGGGUUUCAGUGGGAGUGUGAGUUUGGUGGGCGGAAAGGUGUCUGGAGCAUCGAAGGAGGUCGUGCCAGGCAGCGAUGCAGGAGAGAGGGGAGUGCGACGCACAGGAUCAGCAGCGUCGGGAGCAUUGGGGGCAUCGGGAGGAGCGGAGCGCGGGAGCGGAGCGCGGGAAGCAAAGUUGAGAGCGACCUCCGGCAACGUGGGCAACGUGACGCGACGAAGCAGCAAGGCGAUAUGGAAGUUUUCCACGGCAGUACAAGUCACCGUAGUGUGCGUCACGGAGGGCGGGAAAGCAGCAAGAGUUCUGAGAGCAACGCGCGUGUGGCUGCAGCCGCUGCUGAGCAGAGUGGCGGGCAUGGGAGGGAUGACGGGCGUCAUUCCGGAUCAGUGGCACGCCGGAGUUCAGAGCGAAACCGCGUUCCUCCUCAGCCCGUCAUUCCAGGAGACGGAGGCAGUAUGCGCAGCAGUGGAAGUGGAUCUGUGCGCAAGACUCAAGACUCAGGAAGCGGAGAAGGUGGCUUGA